UCUCCGCCAUGUUCUACUCUUCACCGCCUGCUCAACCCGACGACUCCCGCCAGAAUUCCCCGCUAUGCAUCACCGCCCGCUCGAUCGCAACUUUUUUUUUUGCAACUUUCAGGCGCCCAAUCCCUCACCUCCCUCGAACGCAUAUCGCACGGCUCCGUUCAUAGACCUUUUUGUGCCUGCGGACUGUUUGGCCGGAACCUCGGUUUUGUUAUCUCACCAUCCAUCCCCCUACUCAAGCCAUAAACCCAACGGCUCGCAUCAUGGGCAAGGCUAAAAGCAAGAGCACGAAGCGCGAGGACUAUCGCAAUGCGCGUAAUCAGGAGGGCGUGGCAGAAUUGCCCCGAAAGAAGUUUUACCGCCAGCGAGCUCAUGCGAACCCUUUCUCGGAUCACCAAUUAGUCUACCCUGCGAGCCCAGAGUCCAUGAACUGGACGCAGUACUACCCUGCCUUCGCCGUCGAAGAUGAGAACCCCGGCACGGCCGAUGCAGCAGUCUCCGAUGCAAACGCCCUGGACGCCUCGAAACCAAAAACACGUAGCCUGAAGAAGGACGUCGAGGUUGUGGAUAUUGGGUGCGGCUUUGGGGGCUUGCUUGUGGCAUUGUCACCGAUCCUACCACAGACCCUUGUUCUUGGCCUCGAGAUCCGCACUUCGGUGACAGAAUACGUCCAAGAGCGCAUCAAAGCGCUCAGAGUGCAGAACCAGGAGGAUGGCCUGUACCAGAACAUUAGCUGUCUGCGUGCGAACAGUAUGAAGUUCCUCCCCAACUUCUUCAAAAAGGCGCAACUAUCCAAAGUCUUCAUAUGUUUCCCAGACCCACACUUCAAGGCGCGGAAACAUAAGGCCAGGAUCGUAUCAACUACGCUUAACUCCGAAUACGCAUUUGUAUUGCGUCCCGGUGGUAUCGUCUAUACCAUCACCGACGUCGAGCCCCUGCACCAAUGGAUGGUUGGCCAUUUUGACGCCCAUCCUGCGUUCGAGCGCGUAUCUGAGGAUGAGCAGGAAGCCGACGAAUGUGUCAAAGUGAUGGCGUCCGAGACGGAGGAGAGCAAGAAGGUGACUCGGAAUCAAGGCCAAAAAUACGUGGCCCUCUUCCGCAGACUGGAAGACCCCCCAUGGUGAGUUCCUAUGGAGGCGUUCAGGGGAAGGCUGGAGGUGGAGUUGCCCUGCGAGGAAGAAGCUGCGUCUGGUGGUGGUCCCGAACAAGAUCAAUAAUACCCCUCUACCUUCGUGGUGGCGAAAUCCAAGCCCCAAGAUAAUAUCCACCAGGCCGGACCUUGUUCGAAUUGGAUCAUGGCUUUUUCUGCAGGCUUCUUCGUGAGCAACCUACCACGGGUCUGGUCAUCUGAUUGUCCAUACUAGCUCACUGGGGCUGGAAGCUUGGGUGUGUAUUGGUUAGUUGCAUGCCUAUUUAUCAUUUAGCCUAGUGGCCGCUCGGGUCCACCCAAAGGCCUGCAGCAACGGUCAAACGGUAGGUACUUGCCUAGGUAUCUUAGGUGGUAUCUAGCCAGGAAGUAGGGAGGUAGGUACCUCAAGGCACUGGCUCGCCUGCCGCACACCUGGGACAGGCCACUUUUACUACCCACACACAUAGCUCGAUGCCAUCCACACGUGUCUCUCGAUCCGCACCCGCAGCUGCCUCGCUCGCCUUAAUCGAUAAGACCCAGCCAA